GGAAUUCGGAUAUUUCGGACAGCGCUUGAACGCGGCAUCAGUCGGACGUUUAUAACUCGGCGAACAAACAGCCGCGUGGAGUCAAGAGUAAACAACCAUGACACGUCGCGGAAAUGUAUUAACCGCCACGUUAACAACAUUAACUCUUCUACUUUGCCUGCGUUCAGUCAGAGGGGACUACUGCCAGGUGAAUGUCUGCCACAACGGAGGAACGUGUGUGACGGGGAUCGGCGAGGAUCCGUUCAUCUGCAUCUGCACGGAUGGCUUCGCCGGAGACACCUGCAACCUGACAGAGACCGGACCCUGCAGUCCCAACCCCUGCAAGAACGAUGGGUCGUGCAAGAUUGUCGCUCCGACCAGGCGAGGAGACGUGUUCAACGAGUACGUCUGCAAGUGCCAGCCCGGCUUCGAGGGAGCGCACUGCCAGACCAACGUGAACGACUGCGCUAACAAGCCCUGUAAGAACGGAGCGGUGUGUCGAGAUCUGGACGGCGACUACGCGUGUCAAUGCCCUUCGCCGUAUGUUGGGAAGCAGUGCCAGCUGAGUUGCAUCUCUCUGCUGGGGAUGGAGGGAGGAGCCAUUGUGGAGUCUCAGAUAUCCGCCUCCUCGCUGCACUACGGCAUUCUGGGUCUCCAGCGCUGGGGCCCGGAGUUGGCCCGACUCAACAACCAGGGCCUCGUCAACGCCUGGACGUCGGCCGCCCACGACAGGAACCCCUGGAUCGAGAACAACAUGCAGAAAAAGAUGCGCCUGACGGGCAUCAUCACCCAGGGCGCCAGUCGCAUGGGCGCGUCCGAGUACGUCAAGGCCUUCAAGGUGGCGAGCGGCUUCGAUGGAAGCGCUUACACCGCGUACAGAGCCGAGGGCCAGCGGAGGGACAAGGUUUUCAUUGGCAAUGCGGACAACGACGGCACCAAGACCAACCUUUUUGACCCUCCCAUCGUGGCCCAGUACAUCCGCAUCAUCCCGGUGGUUUGCCGCAGGGCCUGCACGCUGCGCCUGGAGCUGGUGGGCUGCGAACUCAAUGUUUAUUCGAACACGUCAGGUUGCUCGGGGCCUCUGGGAAUGAGGUCUCGCCUCGUAUCGGACGGGCAGCUUUCGGCCUCCAGCGCUUUCCGCACGUGGGGCAUCGAUACCUUCACGUGGCACCCUCACUUUGCCCGACUGGAUAAGCAGGGCAAGACAAACGCCUGGUCUCCUGCCAACAACAACCGCUCAGAGUGGAUCCAGGUGGAUCUAGAGAAGACAAAGCGCCUCACGGGCAUCAUCACUCAGGGGGCCAAGGACUUUGGGGUGGUGCAGUUUGUGACGGUGUUCAAAGUCGCCUACAGUAACGACGGAGAGUCGUGGAGUGCGGUGAAGCAGGAGAACAGCGGCAAAGAUAAGCUCUUCCAAGGCAACGUGGACAACAACACCCACAAGAAGAACCUCUUCGAGCCUCCGUUCUACGCCCGGUACGUCCGCGUGGUGCCCUGGGAGUGGCACGAGCGCGUCACUCUGCGCAUGGAGCUGCUGGGCUGCGACGAUUAGACGCGGCGCCCGUCGGUCGACCGUGGCGGCGGUCCGUCCUCGUCCCCUCGGACCACAGCAGAGGGAGAAACGCUCCCGUCGGCUGCUGCUGGGACUGUGACACUCGUAGCACUUUCUAACUUUAGUGUUCAUGUUAAUGACGCUGCUUUGGCGUGGCUCACAGGCAGAACACCGCGUGGGUUGUGGAUAACUUGAAUUUUAAUAAUUUUAGGUAAAAACUAAAUGUGGUCCUGGUUCGUGUUAGUUACUGGUGAGUCGAUAGAUAGUGAUAGCAGCGCUCUUCACCCCUUCCACUUCUUACUUAAACAGUUAGCAACCCUCCAUUUUUGUUUUUUAACAGUCUGCGGAGGACCGAUGAAAAAGAUCGUCAUUGCUGUUUAGUGACUUGUGCAAUAAUUUUAUGAUUAGAAAAAAUUACAUCUUUCAAAUUUGAACUGCAUAAAUUUCAGCAGUUUUCUCCACUUUGUUCUCACAAAUAGUUUCAUUGAGUGACGUGAAAUAUGUAGAAAGAUGUGUUGAAAAUAAACCUUGUUUUACAUUUUUUUUAUUAUUGUUAUUCACUGUUUGUGUUGUACUGAGAUCAUUUAUUAAAUAUUUUUAAAAAGGUA